AUGGGUUCCGUAGUCCUUCCCCACCUACGCACAGGCUGGCACGUCGACCAAGCCAUUCUCAGCGAAGAAGACCGCCUAGUCCUAAUCCGCUUCGGCCGCGACUCCGACCCGGACUGCAUGUCGCAAGACGAAGUGCUCUACAAGAUCGCCGACCGCGUGAAAAACUUCUGCGCCAUCUACCUUUGCGACCUCGACGAGGUUCCCGAUUUCAAGGCCAUGUACGAGCUCUACGAUCCCUGCACCGUCAUGUUCUUCUUCCGCAACAAGCACAUGAUGUGUGAUUUUGGAACAGGAAACAAUAAUAAGUUAAAUUGGGUGUUGGAAGAUAAACAGGAGUUUAUUGAUAUUAUUGAGACGGUUUAUCGAGGGGCAAAGAAGGGGAGAGGUUUGGUGGUUAGUCCCAAGGAUUAUAGUACUAGGUACCGGUACUGA